AUGUCGUUCCUGUCACAAUUCUCUCGAUCUUUGUUUGCCCAAGCACGACAACAACAACCUGUGUUUGCUGCUACAACUACGCCUUCGACACUCCAAUUGGUGCGUACCAUGAAGGUGCGUUCUUCUGUCAAAAAGAUGUGCGAUGGCUGUACCACGGUUCGACGACGAGGCAAGCUCUUUGUUACCUGCAACAAGAACAAGAAGCACAAGCAACGUCAAGGUUAA